UUAGUUGUAUACAGACUUUCACGUAACUCAAAAUAAUUUUUUUUUGAAAAUAACAUAGAUGUGAGCAAAAUGUAUUGUCAGUGUCAUAUAGGAUCGGCGAUUUAAGGAAAAUUUCCCAAACUUUACUUGUCCAAUUUGGUAUCUCUGAAUGAUUUUGGCUCUUGUCAGACAGCGGAAGAGUUUCAUCGUACCAUGUCAGCUGAAUGUCUACCAAUUGAGGUCCUAGUUGGGCUGUUCCAUUAUCUGGGAGUGAGUGAUCUUCUGUCAGUGUCACAAGUGUCGAGAUUAUGGAGGGAAGCGGCAUCUUACCUCCUUGCCGACCGCGUGACAAUCAUGAUCACAGAUGAUGUGAACCCUGCUGUGGAUACCUUCCUUGCAUCUUCCAUACCUUAUCACAAUUGGGUAUUCAAGGAAGUGGAUAUGUGCUGUAUUGUUGCCUUAAAGAAAUUGUGGAGGAGACAAGGGGGAAAUUUCUUGUCUCUUGGGUUGUACAAUAUAACCCUUAGUGAGGAGGACUUUGUGACUUUGUUGUCAUACUGCUGUCGACUACGUUUCCUUAGCAUUGGUUCCCGGCAUCUAUUUAGGUCAGGUAGGUUGAGAUAAUGUAUGAGUAUAUGCUAAAAUGAAUGUUAACUUCUGGAUUUGAAUGUAGUGGUACAUUGUAUGUACAGACAUGAAUUGUGAAUUCAUGGAAGUGCAGAAUUAAUUGUAAAGUUCCCUCUCAAAGUCCUGAUCCACUCUUGUUUGUGUACAGUCAUGCUCCCUCUUUCUGCAAGGUGGAUGACAGCACAAGCAGACUUACAACAUAUAUAUUACCAAAUCAUAUUGAUUACUAAAGGGUCAGAGAUGGCAAUAUAUCAUUGAUUGCUAGAAGAAUGUAAUUAAAAAUGAAUUAAGCAUUUGCAUAGAUAUGGUAGAAAUUAUUGCUGUCAGUCACCACAAAUUCUCUGUCUAAUAAGGGCAUCUUGCACUGUUCUAAGUGUUAAUGAUUCAAUGACAAUGAAUGGCAUCCAUGCAUAUCAAAGGCAAGGCAGGCCUGAAUUCCAGAUGCCACCUCUACAUGCUGUGACAGAGGUGGUGGCUCUUCUGUGCACUCUAUAAGCAUGAAGUUUUAUGUCUACAACAGCAUUACUUCUCAGACCAGAACCUUCUAAAGUCAACCUAAACUCUUCCUUUUUCAAUUAUUUUAGUGAAUAAUAAAAUUAAACUUGUCCAGAAUGAAAGACAAGGGGAAAAGCAUCAUUUCCACUCUUCUAAUUUUUAUUUUGUACAGAAGUUAGUAAUUCCUUUGAAUUAUUCCCCAGCUUCAUCAAGCUAAAUAACUAACCAGUAUUGUUGUAUGAGCUAAAGACUUUUCACCAACACUGCUCAAUCUUUACUAAGAAAACUGUAUGACUGGAUUUGGGCUGAUUGACAUUUGCAUGCAUGCACACACUCACUCAAGCUUGCACAUACUCAUUUAAUUAUCCACUUGUGCACUCACGCACCCUUUGUAUGCAUGCACACUCCCAUUCACAGAGACAAACAUGCACACACAUACGCAUGCACACCC